UUUAAUACAAAUUAAUAUUUCAGAGUUUGGGAUACAAAACAUCAAUUCUUUCAGAGACAAUUUGCAAUGGCUGUCAAAUUGUUACGCAAUUUACUGAGUUGGCAAGGUCUCCUUGGAGAUGUACAAUUAAAAAACUUGGCUCUGGGUUCGCUUUUGAAUCGUUAUCUACUGGCUGGGUUACGAGUUUCUUGUCCAACUGAUGCUUUAUUCAAAGCAAACAUGAUCAUGAGUACGUUACCAAGAGCAUGGCUGCAAGGAGAAACUAUAGAACACCUCAAAAUGUUCGCCACUCUUAUUCAACAGCUUAGUGAACAGUUGGAUCAAGCAAAUCCUGCGCAUAAUGAAGCCUGGGAAUAUGCCAAGUCCAUUCUGAAAAUAAUCAAACCCUCAUAAUCAUAUUAUAUCUAUGUGUCAGUAAUAUUUCAUCAAAUUUUUUUGCUUUAGUACCAAUGUGCUUGUUAAUAGAUUUUAUACAUAUAUUUUAACAAUAGGAUCCUGUACAUGAUGCAUCUCAGUAAAUUGUUAAAUAUAUAAUACGAAGAUACAAUUUUGUAUAGUAAUAAACUAAAUGAAACAUAA